AACCUGCCAUAGAAACUUCAUCAACAACAUUCUCUGACUACUCAAACAGCAAAAACAAAACAGACUUUACACUGCAUUUGAACAUGAAAUGCACCAGUACAAGUCGUAGUUGCUUGUUGUGUGGUACAAUGGAAGAAAAAGAUCCAUCGAUACGAAAAACUUUAAUAGCUCAAUGCUUCAAAGAUUUGCAUCUGAUUGAAGAUAUGGAACUAGUUCUCACCUUAAGAUGCCUCUGGAAUACUGCUCUUGCUCAACCUGAUGACCCUGAAUUCCCAUCCCUCGGCGUCUUUAGUUGCAUGGCUAGACUUCUCAACAGGUGCACCCGUGACCAAAAAUGGCUUUCAAGAGGCCAUAACGUGUAUGUUCCUUAUUAUGCAGCUCAUAUCAUUGGCUCCUACACCAUGAACAAAGUUAGAUUCUCUGUUUUGGCUGUUAAAUCAGACGUAAUUUCGCCAUUAAUAGACCUCUUAAGAGGUAAGAUAACUUGGGUCGAACAAAGAGUGGCCGUUAGAGCACUUGGUCACAUUGCACGACACAGAAGAACAUUUGAAGAUAUUAAGGUCCAUGAAGUAGAGAUUAUAAAACUAGCCAUGGAUAUAGCUUCCAAAUGCAUUUAUACAAUCUAUAGCGAGUUUGUGAGCAAGAGAAGUGAAAACAGAGUCGAAUAUCAUCGUUAUUUGAUGAUAAAAGGCCUCGGAGAAUUCGAAAUGGAGAGUAAAAAAGCAGAGUCUUGGGCUUGCCAAAUGCAAUGCUGGUCACUCUACCUUCUCAACUGCUUCGUUACAAAGAAAAGAAGCAUCAAUUUGAUAUGCAAAGAAGAUUUUCUCAAGAAUUUGUGUGAUAUAUGGGGUGGAUUACAGAACCAGAAUUCUUUCUCUGGAAUUGGCCUAAUCCGAAGUCUUUGUGAAAGCGAAGACGGUAGAAAAAACAUUGCUCAAUUAGUACAAGUCGUAGAAAAUAUCUGCAACCUCUCUAGAUCAUCCGACGAAUGGCAAUUCAUGGCAAUUGAAAGUCUUUUGUUACUUCUCAAGGAUCCAAAAACAAAAAACAGAGUAACCAACAUUGCAGCUCCUUUUCUUGCUGAUUUAGUAGAGCUUAGAACUAUCAAAGGAAGAAGAAAAAUGGGUGACAUGAUAACACAACUACUCUUACAAGAUUAUGCUAAAAUCAAAUAUGGUCAAGUGGGGUUCUCCGAAACAGGAUCAAUCAAAGAGAUUUGGGACUUGAAAGUUGAAAAAAGGAAAAGGGAUAAAAUCAUUUCGGAACAAGAAGUGAAGGAAACAGAGCUUUUGGUUUCCGUUUUAAAACGUGAAGGAAACAAGAAAUUUUGGUCAAGUGAGAUUGAAGCAGCUGUAAACAAUUACACAAAGGCUUUAGAUUUAUGUCCGCUGAACUUAAGAAAAGAAAGAAUUGUUCUUUAUAGCAAUAGAGCUCAAUGUCAUUUAAGUUUAGGAGAAGCAGAGUUAGCUAUUAGUGAUACAACUCGAGCCUUAUGUUUAUCAGGUGAAAUGAGACCACAUAUAAAGAGCCUAUGGCGAAGAUCGCAGGCUUAUCACAUGAAAGGAUUGGCUAGACUAAGUUUAAUGGAUUGUUUAAUGUUCAUCAAUGAACGAAGCAAGUUGAAUGGAAACAAAAGCAGCACAAGGAAAAUCCCAUACUAUGCAAUGCGCAUGUUGAACAAGCAGAUGACAGCCACCUGGAUUUUUGCAGGUGCUGCGAAGUCCAUGGAAGACGACAUAUAUGACAAUGGAACCCAUAAAUCCAGGGUCCAGCAUCGCCUUGCAGGUGGAAAAAUGAAAGGGAAGAUAGAAGAGGCACUAUUAAAAAGCAUUCCAAUCCAGGGGAAAGACAAGGAGCAUGGGCUCUUGAAAAAGGGACGGCUUUGGAGAACAAGCCGGAGAAGCAAAGGCGUUAUUGAACCAUCACAGGAAGGGAAAAUGUAAAAGUACAAGAAAAAUGUGAUGGCUCGUUACGAGUUGAGCAACUUUAACAUGCAGAAUUAAAAAUGUAAGAUGUUGUCCAUUGUUUACCCUUUUCUCUGUGGAAAGAAAAAUCACUAUGGAAGUUAAUCCUAUCUUGAUUAUGUUCAUCUAAUCAAUCCUUUUCAGACAAUGUACUUUUUGGUCUGGUAUGGUUCUCCUGGACAAGACAACUCAACAAACACACUACAAAUGGAUACCAAACAGACAAGUUUUUUAGAAUUUGAUCUGCUGAGGUAUCGUAUUGUACCUAACCCACCAAGGUAGAUUUUGUUGGUUCCAACUGGUGUGCAUUUGCCUAUUAUUAUUUUCUCAUUUACUCUUGUUGAGAGAAUAUAGUUUUUAGUCCACUGGCAGUUAUUGCUUCUCGCUAUGGGACCGUUCGAUAUGGAGGAGUGAAGUUUGCCAACCGGCAAGCGGGGGUCAGAAGUUCAGAAUCACCAUUUUUCAA